AUGGAAAGUGAACGACCAGUGUCUUCAUCGUCAUAUUUUGAACGUCCGAUACCUUCCUGUCGUUUAUUGCUUCGUGUUUACUCAGCGGAAGGAUUACGUCAUGUGUCGAGUUAUGGUACUUAUUGUAAACUUUAUAUUGGUAGUACUGAGAUGAUCCGUGGUAGUGGUGGGUUUUCUCUACGGACACAGAAACUCAAAUCAUCAACGUCUUCGCAUAGUCUUGGAGGAUUGUUACAUUCUUCGUUUGGUUCGACCACUCGUAGCAACAUGGCAAAUGUUCCAACAAUGCCCAUACCUUCGACAUCGUUGUCCGAAGGUGAUUUAAGUGAAAAUCGAAGCAAGAUGAGAGUAUUGAAGACAAAUGUUCAAAAGGCCAAACGAUCGGAUCCCGUUUGGAAUGAAAAAUUUGAUAUUCCAGUGUAUGAUAUGAACGAAGACAUGCUGAGUAUUCGUGUCAAGUCAGCAAGACUUAUGUCGUCUCCUGCUAUUGGAGCAUGUGCUGUCUCGCUGAAACAUUUGACGGGAAUGGGAACUGCUACGAUUGAUCGAUGGGUGGAUUUGAGACAAGGGAAGAAGAAUGCAGGACGCAUUCGACUGCAGUUGAGACUCGUAGAAUCUUCUAUUGCGAGGUUACAAGACAGUGAAUUGACGACACGAGCACGGAAUCAGCAGAAUCGUGAUACUCAUUUGAGUCUACCUGAAGAGGAAACGCCUGAAGAGGUUGCUCGACGGAUGAAAAAGACGUCGAGACGCGACCAUAAGUAUCACAGAUCUGCGCAGCAUUUUGAUGGACGACCUGUGACUUCGACAGCCUUGGGAAGUAGUAGUGGCAGUAGCCGAUCAGGUAGUGACAAGGAGGAAGACCAGAAACGUGCUGCUAAGAAUCGAGACAAUAGUGCAAGUGCGACAUCGAACGAGUCUAUCGACGACUCAGAACUUGCUAGCGAUGUAUCCUCUCCUGGCGUUUCUCCACGGCCUGACCGAGCAUCGAAAGAAGGUAGCUUAGCAUUGGAAAAUACGAUUCCUACAGUGCGUGAGAAGACAGCCGGGAGAACGAAGGUGUCUGCUUCAGUGGCAGCAAGUGCGGUGGGAUUGGAUGCGUCAUACGCACAACGCGGCAUGAUGACAAGAUCAGAAUUGGAAUGCUCGCAAAUGAACAUGGUCGAGAUUUCACGAGAGUCUAGAAUAUCAAGAUCAUCACGAAGACUGAAGCAACAGGUUUCUCAAGAAGAUGAGGAUGAUGACGAUGACUUUGAUGCCGAACAUGACAACAGGGACAGGUCAACAACUCACAGGAUAGGUACUCACACGAAGUUGAGUGUGUUAUCAAGCAUCCUGGACCCUCGGGAAAGUUCCCGAAUGGGUUUUGACGACGACGACGAUGAUGAUGAGUGGGGUUUCCUGGAUAAGAGGGAUAAGUCAGUCAACAACGAGUCUGCGUCUUUUGUGCUGUCAACCGCGGCCUCUAGUACGCAUGAACCGCGUGACAGCUCGCGGUUUAGUUUUAGCGAUAGUGAAAGUGAUGAUGAGGAUGACAGUGAUGAUGAGGUCAAGUUGGAGAAGGCACGCGAGCAGCAACGACAACAGUGGCAGAUGGAACAACGAAAGAUGCAGCUUGCUGGGAUCAAAGAAGUCUCUCAGUCGAUGUCGGACAAUGAGAGCGACGAUGAUUUGGAGGACGAGGACGAAUUUGACGAUGAGCUUGUGCUCAAUUCGCCACGAAUGCAUUUUACUCCGACGAUCACGACGCUUUUAGGUCGUGAGAGUACGAACGUCUUGAUUGAUGAUGAGGAAGACGAUGAAGAUGAAGAAGAAGAUUUUGGAUACUACAAGAUGAGCGAGGACUUUAUACCUAUGCUUGAAGCAUUUUCUCCAAUUUCUGUUGAUUCCAUCGACUGCGCUUUGCGCCGAUCAAGUUUUGAUUGA